AUGUUAAGUUUGGUAUCCUCAGUCAAUAAAGAAGCUCCAAUAGCUAAUAUUGAGAAUGAUGAUAAUUACUUUCAACAGUCAAAGGAUGUUUGUAUUCGACCAACGACAACUAUUCCAACGAGAAACCCGGAAGUUCAGAUACGUGUGUUCAACGUUGAUUCUCAACAAAUUCCAGCAGAGGAAGAAGAUGAUCAUCCUUUUCUAUAUCAUGACGAGGAAGUGGAUAAUGGAGAUGUUGGACAUUUAGAAGGACGUGGAGAAUUGUCACAACAACCUCUAUUAAUUACUGAUACUAAUAACAGGCUGGCGACGAACAAUAAUAAAGUUGAUACUUCCCAUAAUAAUGGGGGUACUCCUUUAUUGCCUGAAAAUGUGCCUCUAUGUGUUAAACAACAUUGCGAUUUAAACUUGGCUUUAUAUCAGGAUGAAUACAGCGGAGCAAAACGACAGAAUAUCGGUCAGAUGUUGCGUUCCUUAUCCCUCUACAAUUCCAUUUUACCAACAUCUAAUGAGGAUCCAGAAUCGACAAUUAAAGGGUCUUCAAAUGGAGCAAAUGGAAAUAAUAAUAAUGGGAAAAAUCGAAAUGGAAAACCACAGGCUGCUGCUAAAUUGGGGACAAUUAUGGGGGUUUACAUUCCUUGCCUUCAAAAUAUUUUUGGUGUUUUAUUUUUUAUUCGUCUCCCAUGGAUUGUUGGAACUGCCGGAGUACUUGAAGCUUUUUUAGUGGUGCUUCUUUGUUGCAGUGUGACCUUUCUCACUUCAAUUUCACUCUCUGCCAUAGCUACUAACGGUGUUGUUUCAGGUGGUGGUCCUUAUUAUAUGAUCUCAAGAAAUCUUGGACCAGAGCUUGGAGGUGCUGUCGGAAUUUUGUUUUACUUAGGCACAACAAUAGCUGCUUCAAUGUAUAUAAUUGGCGCUGUGGAAAUUUUUUUAAUUUACAUAAUGCCUCAGGCAAAAGUAUUUGAUGAUAUGUAUCACAAUUUUCGACUUUUUGGUUCUAUUUUAUUAAUUCUUGUUGGAUUAAUUGUGCUAGCUGGGAUUGUAAAUAAAUUUGCUUUACCUGCUGUUCUUGUUGUUAUUGCGUGUAUAGUUUGUACAUUUGUCGGUAUUUUUCUUAAAUUUGGAGGCACUGAUUCACUUAAAUUUUGCAUGGUUGGAAAUCGCCCCGUUGAUUUAAGUGGUUUUCAUGCUAUUCAUGGUUAUAUACCUAAUUGUACAGAUGAGGGACUUCGAAAUGUUUUUUGUAUGAAACCAACAAACAACAAUAAAAACAACAAUAAUUUGGAUACAACAACAAUUAAAACUUCUAUUAAAAAAUCAUUUCAAAGGAAUAAAAUAGUUCAUUCUUAUGCAAAACCAGCAGUUUUAUCAAAUUGUGAUCGUUAUUUUGAGAGAGUAGUGCAAUCGAAUCCGUCAGAUAUUAGAAUGGAGUCAGCAAUCCCUGGUCUUUCUAGUGGAGUAUUUUAUGAAAAUUUAUAUAGCAAAUAUCGACGUAAUGGAGAUGUUUUAACUAAAUUACAAUCAAAAACUCCAGAAUUACCUCCAGAUCCAAAUAAUAAACAAAAUUCGUUUUGGGUGUUUUCUGAUACAACGACGUCUUUUAUGAUUUUGGUUGGUGUUUUCUUCCCUUCUGUAACAGGAAUAAUGGCAGGUUCAAAUCGUUCAGGAAAUUUGAGAGAUGCUUCAAAAUCUAUACCUGUUGGAACUUUGGGUGCUCAGUUAACAACUUCUAUAGUUUAUUUAACUGGUGCUGUUCUUAUUGGUUCUUCUGUAGCAGAAAUGUUUAUAAGAGAUAAAUUUGGACAAUCUGCUAUGGGAAAACUUGUAAUAGCUGAAUUGGCAAUUCCUCAUCCACUUCUUAUUUUGAUUGGUUGUUGUUCUUCCACAAUAGGUGCUGGUAUGCAAUCUUUAACUGGUGCUCCAAGAUUAUUACAGGCUAUUUCUGCUGAUGAUGUUAUACCCUUUUUGCGACCUUUUCAAAAAACUGAUAGACGUGGGGAACCUAUUAGAGCUAUUUUCUUGACGCUUUGUAUAUGUUGGUUAGGUAUUUUAAUUGCCGUCAUAGAAAAUAUAACAGCUUUAAUUACACAAUUCUUUCUAAUGUGUUAUUUGGGUGUAAAUGCAGCAUGUGCUUUACAAUCUUUACUCAAGGCUCCAGGUUGGCGUCCAUCAUUUAGAUACUUUCAUUGGUCGUUAUCUACUUUGGGAGCAUUUUUAUGUAUUGCUGUAAUGUUUAUAUCUGCUUGGUAUUUUGCAUUGGUUGCAAUAUUUAUUGGGGCUGCUGUUUAUAAAUAUAUAGAAUAUGCUGGAGCAGAAAAAGAAUGGGGUGACGGAUUAAAAGGUCUUGCAUUGUCUGCCGCGCGUUUUGCACUUUUAAAUGUUGAUUCUCGUGGAAUUAUGCACACUAGAAAUUGGCGGCCUCAAAUUUUAGUUUUGUAUCCUUCAAAGAAAAUGGAACAACUUUAUUCAAAUUUAGAAAAUACACGUAAAGGUUUACUUGCAUUUGUAGCCCAAUUAAAAGCUGGGAAAGGAUUAACUUUAAUUGCUGAAUGUAUUGAAGGACAAUUUGCUCAAAUUUCUAAAAGUGAUAUUUGUACAAUUAAAGAGGAAUUACAAGAUGCUGUAAAAGAAAGUAGAAUUCGCGGUUUUUGUGAUGUUUUGGUAACAGAACAUUUUAUGCAAGGAAUAUCCCAUUUAAUUCAAACGUCUGGUUUGGGAGGUCUUCGACAUAAUAGUGUUGUAUGUGCCUGGCCUGAACAUUGGAGUGUUUCUAAUGAAAAUCAAAACCCAAUGAAAGAAGCUUCUUUAUUUGCCCAGACUGUUAGAACUAUUUCAGCUGCAAAUUGUGCUAUUUUAGUUCCAAAAUAUGCAAGUAAUUUUCCUACAUGUAGUGAACGUCUUAAUGGAACUAUUGAUAUUUAUUGGGUUGUUAAUGAUGGUGGUCUACUUAUGCUCAUACCUUUUUUGCUCAUUAAAAAUAAGGUUGUCGUUUUUUUUUAA